CGUACUCCCAUUAAUUUGCAGAAAAAAAAAAAUUGCAAAAAAGACGUUACACUCAUUCUCUCACCGCAGUCAACCAACCUCACCUUCUCGUUUGACUCUUGCCCAACCAGUAAAAAAAAACCAAGAACCUCUCGCUGCUGCGAUCGAUCACUCGCGAACAAUGGGGUGGUGUCUGGGUUUUGUUGCUGUUUUUUCUCUGUUUCAGGUUGUCAUCUUUGCCUCUUUAACCAGCACCGAGAAGACGGAUUCACGGGCUCUUUUGAUUUCUGACGUUACAUCUGGGAAAAGGCACUCUGAAGAAUACUGUGCAAUGUAUGAUAUAUGUGGAGAACGCAGCGACGGGAAAGUCCUGAAUUGCCCUUAUGGUUCUCCCUCUGUGAAGCCUGAUGAGCUAUUUUCUGCCAAAAUCCAAAGUUUGUGUCCAACAAUAAGUGGGAAUGUUUGCUGCACGGAGCUUCAGUUUGAAACAUUGCGGGCACAGGUUCAACAAGCAAUUCCAUUUCUGGUAGGGUGUCCAGCAUGCUUGAGGAACUUCCUAAAUCUUUUUUGCGAGCUUUCUUGCUCUCCAAGUCAGAGUCUGUUUAUCAAUGUGACCUCUGUGUCUGAGGUUAAUGGCAAUACGACUGUGGAUGCCAUUGAUUUUUACAUAGCUGACACUUUUGGAGAAGGGCUGUACAACUCUUGCAAGGAUGUUAAGUUUGGGACUAUGAACACACGGGCAAUAGAAUUUAUUGGGGCUGGUGCUAAAAACUUUGAAGAAUGGUUUGAUUUUAUUGGUGAGAAAGCAGCCCUCGGUUUCCCUGGUUCACCUUAUGCCAUUGACUUUAAGUUGACUGUUCCGGAGUCAUCUAGAAUGGAGCUCAUGAAUGUGUCCGUUUAUUCAUGUGCUGACACUUCACUGGGCUGCUCUUGUGGUGAUUGCCCGUCAUCUCAAGAGUGUUCUAAUCCUGAACCUCCUCCACAGAAGAAAGAGCCAUGCUCCAUCAGAAUUCUAUCUAUUGAGGUAAAGUGCAUUGACUUUUCUGUUGCCAUAUUGUAUAUUCUCUUAAUUUCUGCUUUCUUCGGUUGGGGCUUGUUUCACCGGACAAGUGAAAGGAGGAGAGUUGAAUCUAGCAAGGAACCAUUGUUGAAUGUCAUUCACGAUGAUGGCAUUGACUCUGUUAACCUGCAAAGGGAUGAAAGUGUUGUCACAAAGGGGCCUGAGAUAGAUCCUCAAGUUACAAAAAGGAUCCAAUUAGCUCCUCUUCAGGGAUAUAUGUCAAACUUUUACAGGAGUUAUGGAAGCUGGGUCUCCAGAAAUCCCACAUUUGUGCUCUUUUCAUCGGUGGCAAUUGUUCUUGUGCUGUGUGUAGGCCUAGUUCGUUUCAAGGUGGAGACACGGCCAGAGAAGCUGUGGGUAGGUCGUGGGAGCAAGGCAGCGGAAGAGAAACAAUUUUUUGAUAGCCAUCUUGCCCCCUUUUACAGAAUUGAGCAGCUCAUAAUAGCGACCGUGCCCGAUCCGAAGCAUGGCAAGUCACCUAGUAUUGUCACAGAUGAUAAUAUUCAGUUGCUUUUUGACAUACAAAACAAGGUUGAUGGAGUUCGUGCUAAUUAUUCUGGCUCAAUGGUAGCUCUAACAGAAAUUUGCUUGAAGCCUGUUGGGCAAGAUUGUGCCACCCAAAGCAUUUUGCAGUAUUUUAAGAUGGACCCUGAAAAUUAUGACAGCUAUGGAGGAGUUGUACAUGCCGAGUAUUGUUUUCAGCAUUAUACUUCUGCAGACACAUGUUUGAGCGCAUUUCAGGCUCCACUUGAUCCAAGCACUGCCUUGGGAGGAUUCUCAGGAAACAACUAUACAGAGGCUUCUGCAUUCAUUGUCACCUACCCAGUUAAUAAUGCAGUUGAUGAUGUAGGAAAUGAGAAUGCAAAGGCAUUGGCUUGGGAGAAGGCUUUUAUUCAGUUAGCAAAGGAGGAACUGCUGCCAAUGGUUCUGUCUCGGAAUCUCACUCUCUCAUUUUCAGCCGAAAGCUCAAUUGAGGAAGAGUUAAAAAGAGAAAGUACUGCAGAUGUUAUAACCAUAGUAGUAAGCUAUGUGGUAAUGUUCGUUUACAUAUCUCUAACCUUGGGAGAUGCACCUCAUUUAUCUUCUUUUUACCUCUCAUCGAAGGUCCUACUUGGCUUGUCCGGAGUCAUGCUUGUUGUGCUUUCUGUCCUUGGAUCUGUUGGAUUUUUCAGUGCUGUUGGAAUUAAAUCUACAUUAAUCAUAAUGGAAGUCAUUCCUUUCCUCGUACUGGCCGUUGGUGUAGAUAACAUGUGUAUACUGGUACAUGCUGUGAAACGGCAACCACUGGAGUUACCUUUAGAAAUGCGAAUAAGCAAUGCGCUGGCUGAAGUUGGCCCAUCCAUAACGUUGGCUAGUUUGUCUGAGAUUCUGGCAUUUGCAGUUGGAAGUUUCAUUCCUAUGCCAGCUUGCCGUGUCUUCUCCAUGUUUGCAUCCCUUGCUGUUCUACUGGACUUCUUUCUGCAAGUUACUGCCUUCGUUGUGCUGAUAUAUUUUGACUUUUUGAGAGCUGAGGAUAACAGGGUUGAUUGUUUUCCAUGCAUAAAAGUCUCUUCAUCUUCUGUGGAAACUAGUGAAGAUGUAGGGAUCUAUCAUAGAAGAACUGGAUUGCUGACCCGCUAUAUGAAGGAAGUGCAUGCACGCAUUCUUGGAUUUUGGGUGGUUAAGAUGGUUGUUAUUGCUGUCUUUCUUGCUUUUACCUUGGCAAGCAUUGCAUUAUGUACUAGGAUUCAACCUGGUUUGGAACAGGAGAUUGCCCUUCCCCGUGACUCUUACCUUCAGGGAUACUUCAAUAAUGUCACAGAGCAUCUUAGGAUUGGACCACCAUUAUAUUUUGUUGUCAAGGAUUACAACUACAGCUCUGAAUCAAGACAUACAGACCAGUUAUGCUCCAUCAGCCAAUGUGAUUCAAACUCUCUUUUAAAUGAGAUAUCAAGAGCAUCUUUAACACCAGAAUCGAGCUACAUUGCUAAGCCAGCUGCCUCUUGGCUUGAUGAUUUUCUGGUAUGGAUUUCACCUGAGGCUUUUGGUUGCUGUCGGAAGUAUUUAAAUGGUUCUUAUUGUCCACCUGAUGAUCAGCCACCUUGCUGUUCACCUGAUGAUGGUCCUUGUGGCGUUGGUGGAGUGUGCAAAGAUUGUACAACAUGCUUUCGGCACUCAGAUUUGGUCAAUGAUCGUCCAUCUACAACACAAUUUAGAGACAAGCUUCCAUGGUUCCUCAAUGCACUGCCAUCUGCUGAUUGUGCAAAAGGUGGCCAUGGUGCUUACACUAACAGUGUGGAUCUAAAUGGUUAUGGGAGUGGUGUUAUAAGAGCAUCUGAGUUCCGUACCUAUCACACACCACUUAACAAACAAGGUGAUUAUGUCAAUUCACUGAGAGCUGCACGGGAUUUUAGCUCAAGAAUUUCUGAUUCUUUAAAGAUGGAUAUCUUUCCAUACUCGGUGUUCUAUAUCUUCUUUGAGCAGUAUCUGGAUAUAUGGAGGACAGCUUUGAUCAACAUUGCUAUAGCUCUUGGUGCAAUCUUCAUUGUCUGUCUGCUUAUCACUUCCAGUUUAUGGAGCUCAGCAAUCAUUAUAUUAGUCCUGGCAAUGAUUGUUGUGGACCUCAUGGGUGUAAUGGCCAUUUUGGAUAUCCAACUAAAUGCAGUCUCUGUUGUAAAUCUCAUAAUGUCAAUCGGGAUCGCUGUUGAGUUCUGUGUGCAUAUAACACAUGCUUACUUGGUGAGCCAUGGCGACAGGAAUCAACGAGCAAAGGAAGCUCUGGGUACAAUGGGAGCUUCUGUCUUCAGUGGGAUUACACUUACAAAGCUAGUUGGAGUGAUUGUCCUUGGCUUCUCAAGAUCAGAACUUUUUGUGGUUUACUAUUUUCAAAUGUACCUGGCAUUGGUGGUUAUUGGUUUCUUGCAUGGGCUCGUAUUUUUGCCGGUGGUAUUGAGCAUAUUUGGUCCACCUAAUCAACAUCGGAGUAUCGAUAUUCACCAAGUUGAAUCUUCUUCAGACUUGAGUUGAUAAUUGUGGAAGUGUGGCUCCACUUUUUUCGGGCCAACGUUCGACAGCGGUCUUCAAACUAUGUGUGCUUGUGCAUACAUUCCAAGGCCCCAACUAUAUUGCAGUUGGAAACCUUGAUAUGUUGUAACAAUUUGAAAACGGCCAUAUAAAAUGUAUCACAACACAAACUCUUGAAACUCUUGAUCUUGUAUAAUUUUCAUCCACUAGGGUUCUGUCGGUAAUUUAUGUAUUAGAAAAGAGAGAUGCUACAUGGCCCACAUUUAUGUUUACGUAUAAUAUACCUAUGGCAGCACCGCCGCUAUUUUUAUUAUUAAAAUUAAGAUUAAGGUGAGCAUUGUUUUA